AUGGCUCCAAUAGUUACACCGUCUAAAGUUUUACUCUAUCGAACGUAUAUUGUGUUUACACCUGAAAAGGAUUUGUUUGAAAAAUGUUCAUCAGCAGAUGAUCAUUCUUUAAAGUUGACAAAUGAACGUUUAAAUGUAUUUCAAACAUUAUUAAAAUAUGAAACAGUGUCGAUAGAUAUUCGAAAUCAAAAUUACGAAGCAAUAAAACAAUGCCGUACAUUUAUCAAACAACGUUAUUCAAAUAUUUUACAAAAUAAAUGGAUUGAAGUGCACGACAUUGCAACAUACUCGAUCUUGUAUACGAUAAAAGGAUCCGAACCAGACCUAAAACCAUAUCUGUUAUCAGCUCAUUAUGAUGUUGUACCAGCGACUAAUGGGUCUUGGAAACAUGAUCCGUUCGAUGCGGUUGUCGAUGGUGAAUAUAUUUACGCUCGUGGCACUCUCGAUGAUAAAACGACAGUAUUUGCUGUGAUGGAAGCCUUACAGAUUCAUAUGGAUGGAUCCACCGGUAUUGCUGAUUAUUUGUCUAAAGUUAAAUUCGGUAAUGGUGAUUUUGAGUAUAUACUAGAUGAAGGAUCCAUGAUGUUAGAAGACGGGUUUUCUACCGUUCAAUAUCCAGUGGCGAUAAUUGCUAUCGGUGAGAAGGGCUAUUUAACAGUCGAGUAUCGUGUUGAAAUCACGGGAGGCCAUUCUUCAAUGCCCUCAGCUCCAACAAGUAUUGGAAUCUUGUCAAAUGCCAUGGUGAAAUUAGAAGCAAACUUACAUCCGUCCCAGUUUGGACGUGGCCCAGAAUGGGAUCUGUUACAAAGUAUUGCUCCUUACACAGCAUUUCCAGUUCGUUUAGUAUUGAGUAAUUUGUGGAUAUUUGGUAGUUUAAUGCAAAAGUUUUUGUCCAUGAGGCCGGCAACAGACGCACUGCAGCGUUCAACAACUGCAGUAACAAUGAUAUCGGGUGGAGUGAAAGAUAAUGUUUUACCUCCUUCGGCUCAAUCUACUGUCAAUCAUCGAAUUCAUCCCGGAGAUACAUGUGAAACAAUACUUGUCCAAAACAAACAGAUAAUUCAUGACGAUCGAGUAAAAGACAGAACCAAAUUUUGCGUUGAACCGAGUCCAAUAUCUCCAUACGGUAACCAUAUCUGGCCGUACAUGAUACUCAAACAUACCAUACGACAAACAUUUAACGGAACAGUCGCUGUAGUACCAGGGCUCACUCUUGGCGGAACGGAUAGUAAAUCAUACACAAAUUUGUCAAAACAUCUCUACCGUUUCUCGCCUACUUAUCUUAAACUUUCAGAUUUGAGUCGUUUCCAUGGUAUUAAUGAAAGAAUAACGAUUAGCAAUGUCGAGAGAUCCAUGAAUUUUUUCUAUCAUCUAAUGGUUAAUUCUAACGUUGGUACAUUGACAAAAAGUGUUGCGAAACAUGAACUGUAA